AUGCCAGAAGUGAAAUUCAGUUCAAAAGUAAAUGGGGUUAUGGAAGGAAAAGCAAGCUGCGGGAAUGUUCACACUGCCUCUGUUCAGCGGCCUCCAGCUCUGCGGCCAGAGGACCUCGGGGAUGGCGAGGUUAUCCCCCUGGUAUUGUCAGUCUGUGUGUUAACAACAAUCCUUGGUUGUAUAUUUGGUCUGAAACCAAGCUGUGCCAAAGAAGUUAAAAGUUGCAAAGGUCGCUGUUUUGAGAGAACAUUUGGAAACUGCCGCUGUGAUGUUGCUUGUGUUGACCUUGGAAACUGCUGUCUGGAUUACCAGGAGACGUGUAUAGAACCAGAACACAUAUGGACUUGCAGCAAGUUCAGGUGUGGUGAGAAAAGAUUGCCCAGAAGCCUUUGCUCCUGUUCGGAUGACUGCAGGGACAAGGGUGACUGCUGUGUCAACUAUAGCUCUGUGUGCCGAGGCGAGAAGAGUUGGGUAGAAGAAACAUGUGAGAACAUUAAUGAGCCAAAGUGUCCAGCAGGGUUUGAAGCACCUCCUACCCUCUUAUUUUCUUUGGAUGGCUUCAGGGCAGAAUAUUUACACACUUGGGGUGGCCUUCUUCCUGUUAUUAGCAGACUAAAAAACUGUGGAACAUAUACCAGAAACAUGAGACCAGUAUAUCCAACAAAAACUUUUCCCAAUCACUACAGCAUUGUCACUGGACUUUAUCCAGAAUCCCAUGGCAUAAUUGACAAUAAAAUGUAUGAUCCCAAGAUGAAUGCUUACUUUGCACUUAAAAGUAAAGAGAAAUUUAAUCCUGAGUGGUACAAAGGAGAACCAAUUUGGAUCACUGCUAAAUAUCAAGGCCUGAAAAGUGGUACAUUUUUCUGGCCAGGAUCAGACGUGGAAAUUAAUGGAAUUUUCCCAGACAUCUAUAAAAUAUAUAAUAGUUCAGUACCAUUUGAAGAAAGGAUUUUAGCUGUUCUUAAGUGGUUGCAGCUUCCUAAAGAUGAAAGACCACACUUUUACACUCUGUAUUUAGAAGAACCAGAUUCUUCAGGUCAUUCAUAUGGACCAGUCAGCAGUGAGGUCAUCAGAGCUUUGCAGAGGGUUGACAACAUGGUUGGCAUGCUGAUGGACGGUCUAAAGGAGCUGAACUUGCAUCAGUGCCUGAACCUCAUCCUUCUUUCAGAUCAUGGCAUGGAACAAGGCAGUUGCAAGAAAUAUGUGUAUCUGAAUAAGUAUUUGGGAGAUGUUAAAAAUAUUAAAAUUGUAUAUGGACCUGCCGCUCGCUUGAGACCCUCUGAUGUCCCGGAUAAGUACUUUUCAUUUGAUUAUGAAGACCUUGCCAGAAAUCUUUCCUGCCGGAAGCCAAACCAGCACUUCAAACCUUACCUCAAGCAUUUCUUACCGAAGCGUUUGCACUUUGCCAAAAACGACAGGAUUGAGCCCUUGACAUUCUAUUUGGAUCCUCAGUGGCAACUUGCAUUGAAUCCUGCAGAAAGGAAGCAUUGUGGAAUUGGAUUCCAUGGUUCUGACAAUAUAUUUUCAAAUAUGCAAGCUCUCUUUAUCGGCUAUGGACCUGGCUUCAAGCACAGCAUCGAAGUUGACUCUUUUGAAAGUAUUGAAGUCUAUAAUUUAAUGUGUGAUUUACUGAAUUUGUCACCUGCUCCUAAUAAUGGAACUCACGGAAGUCUUAACCACCUUCUAAAGAAUCCUGUUUACACCCCAACGCAUCCCAAAGAAGCCCACCCCCUGGCACAGUGCCCCUUCACGAGAACGCCCAGACAUAACCUUGACUGUUCAUGUGAUCCCUCCGUUUUGCCAGUUGUGGAUUUUGAGAUACAGUUGAAUUUGACUGUGGCAGAAGAGAAGGUUAUUAAGCGUGGCACUGUACCCUAUGGAAGACCCAGAGUUCUCCAGAGGGACAGCACAGUUUGCCUUCUUUACCAGCACCGGUUUGUGAGUGCUUACAGCCAUGACAUCCUGAUGCCCCUUUGGACAUCCUACACUGUCAACAGAAAUGACAGUUUCUCUACAGAAGACUUUUCCAACUGUCUCCACCAGGAUCUUCGAAUUUCCCUCAAUCCUGUCCAUAAGUGUUCGUUUUAUAAAAAUAAUGCUGAACUGAGUUACGGGUUCCUCUACCCACCACAACUAAAUAAAGGUUCAAGUCAACUAUAUUCUGAAGCAUUGCUUAAUACUAACAUAGUGCCAAUGUACCAGAGUUUUCAAGUUAUAUGGCACUAUUUUCAUGGCACCCUACUGCACAGGUAUGCAGAAGAAAGAAAUGGUGUCAAUGUUGUCAGUGGCCCUGUGUUUGACUCUGAUUAUGAUGGAUGCUAUGAUUCCUCAGAGACCCUGAAGCAAAACAGCAGACGCAUCCGUAAUCGAGAAAUUCUGAUCCCGACUCACUUCUUCAUUGUGCUAACAAGUUGUAAAAACACAUCCCAGACUCCCUCACAGUGUGGAGAUUUAGACACCUUAGCUUUCAUUUUGCCUCAGAGGACUGACAACAGUGAGAGCUGUGUGCAUGGGAAGCAGGACUCCUCGUGGGUUGAAGAGUUACUGAAGUUACACAGAGCUCGGAUCGCAGAUGUCGAACACAUCACUGGACUCAGCUUCUAUCAAGAGAGAAAAGAGCCAAUCUCAGACAUUUUAAAGUUGAAAACACAGUUGCCAACUUUUAACGAAGAAGACUGA